UCAUCCAUUUAAUUUAAUCGGAUAAUACAAAUUAAAGCUCUCUCAAGACAGUAAAGUGUCCCACGCCAAGACGACGACAAUGGGACGUGCAAUUCUUUCUCACUUUCUCCUUCUAUCCAAUUCCCCUCUGCGCCUGGCAUCUUCACAGUCGCUGGGUGGAUUGCGAAGGCAAUAUCUGCAAAGUUCGGGGCUAAUUCGUCAAAAUGCAAGAUACGCCAGUGGUUUCCGUUGCCAUUGCACUGUCUCGCUUUCGGAGCCCGCCGGUCCGGAGAGCUCUUCCAGCUCUGUAAAGAAGAGGAUAGUAUCUGGAGUCCAGCCUACAGGAUCUAUUCACCUCGGAAAUUAUCUUGGUGCUAUAAAGAAUUGGAUAGAUCUUCAGAAUACGUAUGAGACUCUCUUCUUCAUUGUGGACCUCCAUGCGAUUACAUUACCAUAUGACACACAACAAUUAUCUAAGGCUACAAGGGAUACGGCAGCAAUUUAUUUGGCGUGUGGUGUUGACACUUCUAAGGCUUCUGUAUUUGUGCAGUCUCAUGUACGUGCUCAUGUAGAGCUAAUGUGGCUUCUAAGUUCUUCCACACCAAUUGGUUGGCUGAACAGAAUGAUUCAGUUUAAAGAGAAAUCCCGCAAGGCGGGGGAUGAGAAUGUUGGGGUUGCUCUUUUGACUUAUCCUGUUCUGAUGGCAUCUGAUAUUCUUUUGUAUCAGUCCGACUUUGUGCCAGUUGGUGAGGAUCAAAAGCAGCAUUUGGAAUUGACUCGUGAGCUAGCUGAGCGUGUUAAUUAUCUAUAUGGAGGAAGAAAGUGGAAAAAAUUAGGAGGGUGUGGAGGUCCAAUCUUUAAGGUUCCAGAGCCUCUUAUACCACCAGCUGGAGCCAGAAUUAUGUCUCUGACUGAUGGUCUUGCGAAGAUGUCCAAGUCUGCACCUUCUGACCAAUCUCGAAUCAAUCUUCUUGACCCAAAGGAUGUGAUAGCGAACAAGAUUAAGCGAUGCAAAACUGAUUCACUUUCAGGUCUGGAAUUUGAUAACCCUGAACGACCUGAAUGCAACAAUCUUCUUUCUGUCUAUCAGCUCGUCUCUGGAAAGACGAAGGAGGAAGUCAAACAAGAAUGUCAAAAUAUGAAUUGGGGCACAUUCAAACCUCUUUUGACAGAUGCCUUGAUUGAUCAUCUACACCCCAUCCAGGUUCGAUAUGGGGAAAUAAUAUCUGAUUCAGCUUAUUUGGAUGGAGUCUUGGAAGAAGGCAGUACUAAAGCUUCAGAGAUAGCAGAUGCCACUCUCAAUAAUGUAUACCAAGCAAUGGGAUUUUUGCGGAGAUGAACAGAAUCAAUUCUUGGGGAAAAUUUUAAUUGAAAAAGAUCUGCAAACUGCAACCUUAAAUUUAACUUUUGGAGGAUCUAUUAUUGCCCACAAGUACUUAGAGUACACCCAUGAGCAUAUAUUUGGCCAGUGAAUGGGAUAAUUAUUGGGAACGGCCACAAAUUUUUUCUUGAUGCAGCUGCUUCUACUUAUCUUCAAGACAGGUGCCUCUUUUAUUCUCUGCUGAUUAUUGAACUUGGUAAUUUUACAUAGAGUUUUUUCUCCAUGCUGUCUGUUGUGCAAUUGACCAGUGCGUAAAUUUAUGUUGAUUUUAUUUUUUCUCCACAGUUAUUUACAAUAAAAUAUUUCUGAAUGAAAAUUUACAAUAAAAUUUGUUUCUGAAUGAAAA